UGGUACGAGGAAUAAAUUUUUCCGCUUAUUUUUCAAUCAUAACUAAAUGAAAUUUGGCACUGCUUAAAUUAUUAAAUUUUUUUUCUUCCAAAUUAAGUGCAACAAUAACAAUAAAAACUGGCUAAUAUUGUUAGCUAGAAAAUAGCCAUAAUAAUUGCAAAAUAGGACGCCGUGUUUACAUUAUUAUUAUCGUUCAAAUACACUUAUCAAAAACGCCGUAACUUCUCAUUAUCACACUCAAAACACGAAAUACUUCGUGGUUUCGCUCGUCUGGUUAAUAAAGCUGAGUACAACUGAGUAAACGGAGCGAGUGUCAAGAUAAAAAUCAGAAGGCACAACGUCAAGAGUCUACACCUAAACGCUUGAAGCUAGGUAUUUGUCGUCCCAACAGUUCAGUUGUCGUCGCCACUUUGCUCGCGUUAAACGUGCCACUUCCAAUUGACACAGAAACAGUUUGAUAACUGUUGACCAAAAAAAAAAAGCAAAAAAUAUCACGCUCGCAGCGAACGGAAGUUAUUGCGUACAAUAUAAUAUUCUAAAUAAGCACAUAUUUAAAAAAAAAAAUAAUACAUUAUGUCCGACAAAAUCAGCGUUUGCAUUGUAGGCUCUGGAAAUUGGGGUUCUGCAAUUGCUAAAAUUGUGGGUGUAAACUGUGCUACCCUGCCACAAUUCGAAAAAUGUGUGACAAUGUACGUUUAUGAAGAGAUGAUCGACGGCAAAAAGCUGACUGAAAUCAUAAAUACUACCCAUGAAAAUGUUAAAUAUUUGCCAGGACAUAAAUUGCCAGAGAAUGUGGUUGCUGUGCCCGAUCUAAUUGACGCCUGCAAGAAUGCCGACAUACUCAUCUUCGUCGUGCCACAUCAGUUCAUUCCGAACUUCUGCAAAACACUUUUGGGCAAAAUCAAGCCCAAUGCCGUUGCCAUUUCGCUCAUCAAGGGUUUCGAUAAGGCCGAGGGUGGUGGCAUCGAUCUAAUUUCCCACAUCAUUACCCGCCAUUUGAAGAUUCCCUGCUCUGUGCUGAUGGGCGCCAAUUUGGCCAAUGAAGUGGCACAGGGUAAUUUCUGCGAGACCACCAUUGGUUGUCAGGACAUCAAGUAUGCCAAAACACUGCGUGAUCUCUUCCAAUCGCAAAACUUCCGCGUGGUUGUGGUAGACGACUCUGAUGCCGUUGAAGUUUGUGGUGCGCUCAAGAACAUUGUUGCCACCGGCGCUGGCUUUGUCGAUGGUCUUGGUUUGGGUGAUAACACCAAAGCGGCUGUUAUCCGUUUGGGUCUGAUGGAAAUGGUACGCUUUGUGGAUGUCUUCUACCCAGGCAGCAAAUUGUCGACGUUCUUUGAAAGUUGCGGCGUUGCUGAUCUGAUCACCACCUGCUAUGGUGGCCGCAAUCGUCGUGUUGCUGAGGCUUUCGUGAAAACCGGCAAAACUAUUGCGGAACUAGAAACCGAACUGCUCAAUGGCCAGAAAUUGCAGGGUCCACCCACGGCUGAGGAAGUGAAUUACAUGUUGAAGAAUAAGGGCUUGGAAGACAAAUUCCCACUCUUUACGGCCAUUCACAAAAUCUGCACAAAUCAAUUGAAAGUUCAAGAUUUAAUUGAUUGCAUACGUAAUCAUCCCGAGCACAUGGUGAAAACGCAAAAAAGCGAUAAGGGCAAAGGCGGCAAGGGUGGCAAAUCGGCUGGCGCAUGCGUCAAGAAACCAAGCUAUAAGGCGCCCACCCCUUGUUGUCAGCCCAAAAGCGGUGAUGACACACAGAAGUGUAAAUUUCACACGUUCAACUAUCGUGUGACGCCACUGAAAGCCAAGAAUGUCACAUUCCGCUUGGUGCCCAAGGGCGAGAAGAAAGAGUUCGCCAUCAUGAAUGCCAGCUCGAAUAAUAUGUAUCUCUUCAAUGGAUUUCGCACGCGUUGUGGCAAGGGUUUGCCGUUGGGUAUGCGUGCGUUGUCGGGGGCGAGCAAACCGGUGCGCGCCCUCAAUACAGGGCUCGGUGUGUUGGCCACCUUUUGUGCUUACAAAUCGGCUAAGACUAAUGCUAAAUGAGUUAAGGCACAAAGUGUAUAGGAAAUUCAAAGUGAUACUCAUGCUUGUAUGAGCGUAAGAAAGCAACGGAAUUAUUUAUUUUUUAGCAAACCUUUACAGUUAUCGGCAGUGCAAGUGUGUGUAAAUACUGGUAUUUAUUUGGUAAAAGUAUUUGCUAGAAACAAAAAAAAUGUAACAGAA